AUGUUGCCAAGUAUUAAUAUUCGUGCUCUUUCACUAGUGACAAUAAUUGCAUGUUUUGGAUCAGCUAUAGGAGGUCAUAUUAAUCAUUUUUUCUCAGGAUUGUAUGCCAGAACUUUAGCUUUGAAGUUAAAGAAUCCAGCUCUGAAAAUUUUAUUAGCUGUUGGUGGAUGGCAGAUUGGAUCAAAACCUUUUAUUCCAAUGAUAAAAGAUGAAGCCACAAGAAGUACGUGGAUCAAAAACGUAGUCAGCUAUGUUAGAAGGCAUGGAUUUGAUGGCUUUGAUAUGGACUGGGAAUUUCCAGCUACCAGAGGGAGCGCUCCAGAAGAUAAAUACAGAUUUACUCUAUUAAUGAAGGGUCUCUUUGAAGCAUUUGCAAAGGAAGCUGAAAUCAGUGGUAAAGAAAAGUUGCUUCUUACUUUGGCUGCAGCAUCUGGUACCUACUACAUUGAUCAGAGCUAUGAACCCAGUAAAAUCAUACAUUACAUAGAUUAUAUGCUUUUGAUGAGUUACAAUUACCAUGGACAGUGGGAGAAAGUAACUGGACACCACAGUGGACUCUACCCUCAUAAGAAUGACCCAAAGAAUGGAGAAAAAGCUCAACUUUAUCAGGAAUGGUCUAUUGAUUACUGGUUGAAUGUUGGUAUUUCAAAAGACAAGUUGAUUGUUGGCCUGCCAACUUAUGGUAUGACCUUCACCUUAGUUGACCAGUCAAAACAUGGAAUUCAUGCUCCUUCUGCUGGUGCUGGAAGAAUGGGAGAUUACACCAGAGAGAUGGGCAUACUGUCUUAUUAUGAGAUUUGUCUUAAUCUGAAAAGCCAAGCUUGGAAAUCAGAAUGGAUUGAAGAUCAACAAGUCCCUUUUGCUUAUGGUGGUGACCAGUGGGCAGGCUAUGAAGAUAAAAAGAGUAUAGCUUUAAAGGCCAAUAACAUCCUGAAUCGGGACUUGGCAGGAGCUUUUGUAUGGUCAGUGGAGAUGGAUGAUUUUGGUGAUGUAUGUGGUCAAGGCCAGUAUCCACUCUUGUCUACAAUUGUAGAGAUUAUUGGUGACAGAGCACCUAACCAACCAGCAGCAAGGGAAGCAGCCAAUCAUUACAGGCCUAGACAAGAAGUGACAGCAGAGAGGCCAGUCACAACUGUUACUGAUAGCAAAGAGAGCUCCAAUCAAGAUUCUUCAGAAUCCACAUUCCUACUCCAGUUUAAGAAAAUUAAAGGCAAGUUCAUUUCUGACUCCAGAAAGAAAAGUUCCUCUUCUGCCGCUCUUCCCACUUUCAAAGCAACUGAGGCCUUGUCAUCAUCUGCCUCUGCCUCUUCCGCCUCAAGUGUGAAAGGCUCUCACAACCGUUGGUGGAGCAGUGAAAUUUUGAAAUACAAAGUAAAAACUCAGGAGCCUAAGGCUGAGGAGAAAAUUUCUGAAAAGACAAGUGUAAGAAUGUCAACACCAAAGUUUCUGUGGAAAAAAUAUGUCAUCCGGAGCCGUCCAUUGAAAAUUGAUUCAGAUACUACACCUAUUCCAAAGAUGGCACACAAGUUUCCUUCCUAUGAAGUGCAUGAGGUUAAGUCUUGGAAAACAACAUCCUGGUGGUCAGAUAGGCCAGACAACUUGAGGGCUGUCAGUGAUGCUGAUGCUUUAAAUGCUAGAGCCACUGGUCGUCCAGGGCUUGGCUUGCAGAGAGAACCCACCCCUAAACCAACAUCUGAAGCCAAAACGACAUCAGAUUCUAAGAACAUAAUUGAACCUUUUCAUAGUGUUGUUGGAGAAAAAGGAAGUCUGCCUAUUGAUUGCCGCUCACUUGGUUUGGGUACUUUUGCUGACCCUAGAUCCUGCGACCACUUUAUUAUAUGCCUGGGGGGUAACUGGAUGAACUUCCCCCCGCAUGUAAUGGCUUGCCCCACUGGUACACGGUUUGACCGCAAUCUCAAGAUUUGUAAUUAUGCCUCAAAUGUGAGGUGCAUUGAAAAUAUUGAUGUCUAAAUUUGGAAAGACCAAGUUGUUACCAUUAAUCAGGUGCCUUUCAUUAAUAUAUCAGAAUGGGGAUCCUUGAGUGUGAUGCAGCUUGAUGCUUUGAAAGUUUUCAGCUUAAAGAUUUGUACAAAACUUAAGGGAGCUUCUCAGCAUCAGCAUAUUAUGUUAUAUAAAAAAAAACAUUGUGCAAUAUGUAUACAUUUUAUUGUUCAUUUGAUGAUCACAUUUGUUUUUCCAGUAAUGGAACACAAGCCAUCAUAUUUUAUUAUUACCCACUGAGACAAUACUGAUUUUAUUAUAUUUAAUGCUUUAAAAAAAUUGCUCCAAGAAUUUCAUAUAACUUUAUAAAAAGAUUUUUUUUAUAAUUAUUUUUGUUUUUACAGCUUAAUUGGUAGGAGUGAAGUAAUUUUUUUUUUUUAAAUUAACAUGGGAAGCUAAUUUGGUCUUGUUCUCAAUGAGUAAUAACUAUGCAUUACUUGUACAAAGAUAUGUAUAUAUAUAUAUAUUUGUAAAUAGCUACUGUGUUUAAAAAGAUGUGUGUAUAUGUACAGCCAAAGUGGUAGCUAAAAUCAUCUUGCACAAGACCUUUUUUUUUCUCUCCAUUUUGCUUAGCUUGCCUUGAUAUCUUGUUGGCAAGCAUAAAACCUUUGUUUCUAACCUCAAGUCAUAUUUACAAUACUGUGUGUGAUGUCGAAUGGCCAGAAAUCUAUGUUUUGUCUUAUUUUAAUUUAUGUAUAUAUUAGAAACAGAUUUGUAUUUAUAAAGGCUACAUGUAAAAUGCAAAAGAAAAAAAAUGGAGUAUGGUAUUUUUGCUUUUUUAAGUUAAUGAUUUCCUUGUCUGACUGAAAAAAAAGUUCUGUGUGUAGUGGAAAUAUGUAUUAUAGGGUUUUAGUUUUUAAGACUGGCAUUAUUCUUGAUGUAAACAUGCAUAUCAUACUCCUAUCAAGUGUAUAUAAAAGUGUACAUCACACUCUGCCAAGUGUACUUUUACUCAUUAAUAAAUGUAUAUAAUCAAGCAAAUCCCUCUCCAGUGUAUAUAAAAGAGCAUUUCAUAGUCUCUACUGAAUACUCAGUAGAAAAUCUCAUAAUGUAAAUGUGCUUGUUCUCUGUAUAUUCUAUGCUAUAUAUGAAGCUCUCAAUGCACAAGGCUGUGUCACAAUGUAUAGUGUAGAUGUCUGUUGUCAAUGCAAACAAGAGUAUUAUAUAACAUGAGCAAAGUUUACUGCUGGUCAGCAAAUUUUCAUGAAGAUACAAAUGUUUUCUGUGAAAAUGUGUUUCAAAUGAUGAUGUACAAAUGAAGUGAUUGAAUCCAAUGCUAGUUUAUUUUCUGCUUUUAUAUCUAUCGACUGAUGGUUCACAUAUUCUAAAAUUAAGUACCAGGUAGUCGAGAUUUUGUGUCACUUGAAUGUUAUCUAAGCUAGUUUAUAACAUGAUCAAGUAGUCGUUAUAUAAGCUGUGUUCUUGGCAAUAAAAAUAACUAAUUUGGCAUCAAAAGUAGAAAAAUUUUUAUAUUGAUAUUUAUAUUGCUUUUUAAAUGGAUAAUAAUACAAGUAUUCCUAGAAUAAAAAAAGUUCUAUAUUUUAAGCGAGUAAAAAAAUUAGUAAUUAGUCAUUAUAUUUAUUCAAAGAUAUUUUAAGUAACAUAAUAGUUGAAGGAAUUCUCCUAUUAUGCAAAGUUUUCAGAAAAAAGCAACCUUUAACUCUUCUUUUUGAAUUUGCAAGCAAAAUAAAUGUGGAUUUAUCAAUCAUUUAUUCACUGUAAUUAAACAUGUCAACAGCUUGCUACAAUUUACAAUUAAUAUGUUUUGUGUUAAAAGCAUUUUUGGAAAACAAAAAAAAACUGUAAUGUUCUUAGGUUUCAUUGACUAGAGUUAAACAGUAUACAAUUUGUAACCUAUUUCUUAAAAACCUUUUUUUUUUAAUUCAAUAGUAUUUUUUUUUUAAAGCAAUUGCAAACAUUUGAUAUGCAAGAUUGAUUUUAUUAGUUAAUUUAUAAUAUUUUUUAAAAAGUUUAAUUUUUGUUGUACAUAGGGUUAUGUGCAGCUGUUUGUUGAAUGGGUUGUAUUAUACUUGAAAACAUAAAAGUUUGUUUGAACACAUUGUAAAAUACUAUAAUUUUUUUUGUUAUGUAUAUAUGUAAAUAUUUCAAUUAAAAAAAUUGAAACUUCUCUUGUUUUAUUCAUCUUCAGCUUUAAGAU